CUAUUAUACACUGUAAGAGCUUUCCUUCCGAGAGAGAGAUCAAUGCGGAAGGAAGAUACCAUUGUGAUCAGCAUAUCAGCAUCGAGCUUGUGUUGCUGACAGUGUACUGUACCUACUAGUAGCUUGAGUUGGGGGAAGAGUGGGUUGCUUCACAGCCUCAGAGCCUCACAACUAAGUCUUGAGAACUGCCGCUGGAUAGCUAGCUAGCUAGCUGGUUGGACUGGCCAUUGAUUUGAUUCGAUUCGAUUCACUCAUCAAAAAGAUAAGACAAGACCGUAUAAGGGACCUAAGUACUAGUAAGAGAGACCUUUAGAAUAAAAGACAAAGCAAUGUCUAAGGAGUUCACUGAAGUGGACAUCUUGGGAGUCUCCAUCCAGGAAGAUUUGACGGAUGAUGAUGAAGACAACAACACCAAGCACAAGACCAGUCGUACUACUACUACAAGUGCUGCUAGCGGAAGAAGCCACGCCAAGAGAAAGCCUGGCCAUGAAGAUAGGGACAAGAAGGAAGGUCUAGACAAGAAGGACGACAAGGAGGCUGAAGGUGCAGGAGAUGCCCUGGAUGGCAGUCCCGCUACUGGUACUGGUACUGGUACUGGUACUGGUAGUAAGGCUAUAACCCUGAGCAGCAAGGAAAAGCUCAAGCGACAAAAUCGCAGAAUGGGACAAAAGGCAGCUUCACUCAAGUUCAGUGCCUUGGACUUUGUGGCGCUCUCACCGGACAAACUCAAGAAACACUACACCAUUGGAAAGCUCAUUCAUAGAGGAACAUCCAACAACACUAACAACACUAACAACAACCUCAACAGCAGCACUCACACCAAGAGAGACAAACGACAAUCCACAGCUACCGGUAACAGCAGUAGUCACCAUGAAGGGAUGCAUCAUGCCAAUGUACACAUUUGUCUGCACAGAGACACUGGAAUCCAAAGAGCAGUCAAGGUCGUCAAAAAAAACUCCAGUUGGAACAGAGCGCAAAAUCAGGUACUCGUCAGGGAAUUCAAAAUUCUACAAACAUUGGAUCAUCCCAGUCUCAUCAGGACAUAUGAACUAUUCGAAGGAAGAGACCAUUUCUACAUUGUCAUGGACCUUUGUCACGGGGGGGAUCUCUGCCAGGAACUCGAUACCUGGGGACCCUUGCAGGAACAAGAUGCCGCACUUAUACUCAAACAACUACUCAGUGUGGUCAACUACCUCCAUUCCAACAGAAUUGUACACGGAAACAUCAAACCAGAGCACAUUCUAUUGGAACAAGACAAGGAUCUGGAUCACGUCAAGUUGACCGACUUUGCCUGUGCCGAGAUUAUGGAAGACCAAGACGAUCCAGAUGAUGGAAACGCCGAACAAGGCGACGGCGACGACAACGACAAGGAAAACAGCAAUCAUCCUGAUGCCACCAAAAACUUGGAUGUGGAAAGCUUGUUCAGCAUGGAUGACGACAGUGCGAGCGACACAGACGACGACGACGACGACGAACUCAAUCAAUCUACUCUUACCAGUGAAAGCAGCAACCGACGCAGUCGAAGCUCCAGGGCAAAAUCCAUUCUCCCCGAGCGAAAGGGGUCCGUCGAUUUCUGGGCGCCCGAAGUCGUACUCAAGGGGUCCAUUGGACCCAAACGAGAUGUUUGGGCAUGCGGUGUACUAUGCUAUCUACUACUCUCCAAUCGAUUACCCUUCCGGGGAGAAUCGAGGGAACAGAUUUGCGAGAACAUUAUUCGAGGGGAGUUCUUCUUAUUGGGAGAGGGUGAAGAAGAAAACGAAAACGAUGAGUUCAUUAGUAGUUACGCCGCGGAAAGCAAAUCCACAGACUUUUACUCCGAUUACUUGGAGGACGGAGGAGAAUCGCCACUCAAUGCCACAUUUGAUUGGGCCAAUGUCUCGGACCUAGCCAAGAGCUUUCUGCGCCAGCUAUUGACGUACGAGGAACACGAUCGACCCACCGCCAAGCAGGCAUUGCAACAUCCGUGGAUUGCAGAAAUGACGUCCUUGUCCUCUUCCGUGCAAAGGACCGAUGGGGACGUGAACCGGUUUU